UCAAUUUCUCUCUCUCUCUCUCUCUCUCUCUCUCUCUCUUCUCUCUCUCUCUCUCUCUCUCUCUAAAGCCAUGGCCAUCGAAGCAGCAGGUGGAAAGAAGAAGGAGAAGAACAAAGAUGUGAUAAGGCUCGAGAGAGAAUCGGUGAUCCCAAUUCUAAAGCCCAAGCUCAUCAUGAAAUUGGCCUACCUCAUUGAGCAUGAUUCUGACAGGACUGAGUUUCUCAAGCUCUGCAAGAGAAUAGAGUAUACUAUCCGCGCAUGGUAUCUUCUUCAGUUUGAGGAUCUAAUGCAAUUGUACUCCCUGUUUGAUCCUGCUCAUGGUGGUCAGAGAUUAGAACAGCAGAAACUUUCUCCCGAUGAGAUUGAUGUUCUUGAACAAAAUUUUCUAACAUAUUUUUUCCAGGUAAUGGAAAAAAGCAAUUUCAAAAUUGUCACCGAUGAGGAGAUUGAUGUUGCACAGUCAGGGCAGUAUCUAUUGAAUCUUCCUAUUAAAGUGGAUGAAUCUAAGCUUGACAAAAUGCUUUUGGCAAAGUAUUUUAAAGAGCAUCCGCAUGAAAAUCUUCCACAAUUUUCAGAUAAGUAUGUGAUAUUCCGUCGUGGAAUUGGAAUUGACCGUACCACCGAUUACUUUUUCAUGGAAAAGUUAGAUGUUCUCAUAUCUCAUCUCUGGGCAUCAUUCCUGAGAGUCACCAAGCUCCGGAGGUUUUUUGCCAAAAAAACGAUGACAAAACCCUCUAAUGAUCCAAAGAAGACCGAUGAACCAAGUACAGACACAGAAGAAGACAUGUAUGUUGAGCGCAUUCGACUUGAAAACAUGGAUCUAAGCUUGAAGAAUCUACUUGGCCAGAUAACAAUUCAAGAACCUAGCUUUGAUAGGAUGAUUGUUGUUUACAGGCGGGCGAGUACAAAAUCUAAAACAGAGAGAGGAAUCUAUGUGAAGCAUUUUAAGAAUAUCCCUAUGGCUGACAUGGAGUUAGUUUUGCCUGAGAAGAAAAAUCCGAGUUUGACGCCUAUGGACUGGGUCAAAUUCCUGGUUUCUGUUGUACUUGGGCUCGUAACUCUUGUUACUUCACUUGAAAUGCCUAAAGCUGAUUUCUGGGUUGUUUUUGCAAUCCUUUCUGGUCUGAUUGGUUAUUGUGCUAAGAUCUACUUCUCAUUUCAGGCAAACAUGGAAGCUUAUCAAAACUUGAUCACACAAUCAAUGUAUAAUAAACAGCUGGAUAGUGGAAGAGGAACACUUUUACAUUUAUGUGAUGAUGUGAUUCAACAGGAAGUCAAAGAGGUGAUAAUUUCCUACUUUAUAUUGAUGGAGCAGGGGAAGGUCACAAUACAAGAUCUUGACCUUCAAUGCGAAGAACUUAUUCUAGAGGAGUUUGGUGAGAGAUGCAACUUUGAGGUGCUUGAUGCUGUUCAAAAGUUAGAAAGGCUCGGCAUUGUGUCCCGAGACUCUAUCGGUAGAAUUUCAUGCAUACCUUUGAAGAGAGCUAAUGAGAUCAUUGGACCAACGACUGAAGAACUGGUGAUUAAAGCCAAACAAAACCCUGCUCCUUAAUCAUUUAAGUUGUCUGAGGAGGGAGCAUCAUAUCCAUGAAACCGAGCAUUUUUGUACGGAUUCUCAGAGCAAUUUUUUCGUUCUUUAAUUCAUAAAUUGUUACAUUAAAACAUCUGAUAAAGCAUUUGAGUGUUAAUUUGAAAUUGUUGGAUGUUUAUGUCUCAAUGCAAGCCAUGGUCUGUACUGCUGGUUUCCAUGAUUC